UGGAAAGUUUCACUUGCAGUCUCUUCAUAACCACACACCCUCCUACUUUAACCCCACUGACACCUUGUCACUCCUCCUAUCCAUUUUGAACCCUGAUGCCCCCCCAGACUCUGUGUUAGUCUUCAUCAUCAUUGUCAUCACCUCCCGAGGAACAUCUGGUCAUCAUGAAGGCCGAACACGUCUUCCUGCUCUGCAUCCUGGGAGCCGCUCUGCUGUCCACUGUCCUCUGCAUCAAUGGAAUUGGACCCGACGACUGCUGCUUCAAAUUCUAUUCACGAAAGAUGAGGAAAACUGCCAUCCGCUCGUACUACUUCACUGAUUACCGCUGUCCCAAGGCUGCAGUCAUUUUGGUCACAGAACAGAAGGGUCGUCACAUCUGCGUGGAUCCAAGUCUCCUGUGGGUUGAAAACAUGAUGAGGCAUCUGGAUGAGAAGGACUUGAAGUGAACCUCUUGCUCAUCCUUUCAUCUUUCUUUGCUUUGUUUCAUCCAUCAUAAAAGCUGGAGAACAUUGGUGGCAUAUAUUUAGAUAUACUCAAAGCUUUUUGCUUCCAAGCAGAGUCAUUUCUCUGACUGUUUCAGUGGUUUUGUUAUCUUGACGGGUUAACCUCACUGGAAACCCGUUUUGAUUUUAUCUUGUUUUCUGAUGUUUUAUAAAGUGAUCUGCUGUACCUGUGGAUUUAAUCUAAAAUAAAAAAAAAUACAUUGA